AGAAUGACGUUAUCAAAACCGGAAGUUGUCGUGUGUUGUCAUAAGACACAUUAGUGACUGGCUGCUGUUAAGGGGGAGGAGAAGUUGAAGUAAUUAUUUUGGGACUUCGUUUGACUGAAGUUGCCAGCAUAAAAGAAAAGACGACUCAUUUACCGUUCUAAUCUGUGCAUGUGGUAUUUUACCACACUUCAUGGCGUUUCAUGUCUAAAGUCGCGGUGCUGUCGAGGCGCUAGCUAGCUAGCUAGCUAGCUAAGCUAAGCUAAUAAAAGUCAGCAACUUCAGCGACACACAUUGAAAGUGUCGCUGAAGGUGUUGUCCAUGGACUACCGACGCCGGGGAAAGCUUGCCUAGUUCUCUGUAUGUGGUUGGUCGUAUGUGCAUAAUGAGUGAUUCAAAUGGGUGCAGAGAGCCUGGAAUCCCGAGGGAUAAUGCCCAAGACGACAGCAAGCAAGACUCAGCCAUAUGUUCGAGCAGCAGUGAAAUCAAAAGCCGGGCUGUUGUCAAGUACUGUGCAGCCCCACCUCCAAGCGCAUAUGCCUUGCUGCAGGAGAAGACAGACCUGAAGCUGCCACCUGCCAACUGGCUGAGAGAGAACCCCCAGCUGGGCAGUGCUGGCACCACAGUGUUGGGCUCCAGCAGCAAGGGCAAGCCAUUUUCAAGUUUUGGUAUGGCGUAUGAUUUUAUUGACUGCAUCGGGGAUGACGUUGAUGUUGUGUCAGACUCGGAGAACAUCAAGAAGCUCUUGAAAAUCCCCUACAGCAAGUCCCAUGUCAGCAUGGCCGUCCAUCGCGUGGGUCGCACCCUUCUUCUGGACGAGCUGGACAUUCAAGAGCUCUUCAUGAGAUCCUCUCAGACAGGAGAUUGGACGUGGUUAAAAGACUUUUAUCAGCGGCUGAUGGAUCAGAAGUGGCAGCGGAAAAAGAAGAGCAAAGAGCAUUGGUAUCAGAAAGCGAUCCUGUCUAAGUUCCUCUACUACAGUAUUAAUGGCGACUGUGCCGCCGAGCCUGUAGAGGACACCUUGAACGAUGGUGAUGAGGACAGUGGGGCGCAGGAGUUCAGCUCUUCGUGGCCCACCACCUUCUCCAGCUCGGACGCAGAGGAAGAGUCUGCCUGUAAACAGGAAAGUGUUCCCAUGGACAGCAAGUACGCUCUGGGCCAGGUGACGGCGGUGCCACAAGAGCAAAACCUGCCGGCGCUCUUUAACGAAGGAGAGAACAGUCAGGGUUUGAGGAACGACUUUGUGCGAAACAUCAUGUGGACCUUUGAGGACAUCCACAUGUUGGUUGGCUCCAACAUGCCUAUAUUUGGAGGGGGGCGCUAUCCAGCCGUCAGCCUUAAACUCAGGGACAACAAUAAACCGAUCAAUAUCCUGACAGGUAUUGACUACUGGCUCGACAAUCUGAUGUGUAACGUUCCAGAACUCGUCAUGUGCUUUCACGUCAACGGCAUCGUUCAAAAGUACGAGAUGAUAAAAACAGAGGACAUCCCCCAUUUGGAGAACUCUACUUUUUCCACAAGGGUGGUGAAAGACAUCGCACAGAACAUCCUCUCGUUCCUCAAGUCCAACUGCACCAAAGAGGGUCACACCUACUGGCUUUUUAAAGCUAGUGGGAGCGACAUCGUCAAACUUUACGAUCUUACAACGCUGUGCGAGGAGGCCGAAGAGGAGAAAAGCCACAAUCCGUUCACGCUUCCUGUGGCCGUGUUACUUUACAAAGUGGCUUGCAACCUGAUGCUCAAGGCCAGCGAAAACAGAAAACACUACGGCACAAUCCGAACUCUGCUUUUAAACUGCGUCAAGCUUCUGGACCAGGACCGGCAUCCCCAGAUCAUCGCCUCAGCCCACUACAUGUUGUCAGAACUCUUCCAGCUGGAUGAACCUCAGGAGGACGACGACGGAGGCGAGUCGCUCCGGGCUUGCGGCUCAGAGGACAGCUACAGUAAUGACGGCCGCGAAGAAGACGAGGACCUGGAGGAGGACAGCGACGACAGCAGUUCAGGCAGUAACAGCCCUCAGGACGACAGUAAAGCCGUGGCUGUCAUCCGCUCUGUAGGAGAACUAUCCGUCCCGGAGAAAUACAAAUCCACUCAGCUGAUCCGACCUGGUUGCGCUUUCCCUGUUUCACAAGACAAAGAGGAGCGAUGCAGACACGUCCUGAACUACGUAUUAAAGGGACUAAAGGCAGUGGAUGGGAGCAUCAAAAAAGAGAGCGAUCUCCCAGCGGUAGACCCAAACAUACCAAUCCCCCUGAAGUAUGAGGACAGAAGUGCCGGUAGAGGCUGUGCUGCAGAGAAAGGCAUCUCUCCUCUCCUUGAAAGAGUAGGGCCCUUGCAGGCAGACCAGAAGCACCCAACACGCUCAGGGAUGAUUCCCGGCACGUGGCAGCACCAAAUGAAGCUGCAGCUCUUCCUCAAGGCCUCCAAGGCGUACUACGUCUUGUCUGAUGCUGCCACCAACCUGCUGAAAUACGGCCGAGCCUUGCGCUACAUCAAGCUGUCUCUGCAGUGUUAUGAUGCCUAUUGUUGCAUUGGCGGCGCUCUGCACCCGCAAGUGCUUCUGUUCCACAGCCAGUGCCUCUCUCUGUGUGGAGACAUCCAGCUGAUGUUGGCCCAAAAUGCCAACAACAGGGCCGCUUACCAGGAGGAGUACAGCUACCAGACCAAAGAGGACCAGGAGAUCCUACACAGUCUGCACCGGGAGAGCAGCUGCCAAGCCUUUAACAUGGCGACAGACCUGGCCAUGGACCCCGAGUAUCAGCUGUUUGUGAGCAGCAAGUGCUACGAGGCCGCCUACGAGCUGCUCGUCUCGCACGCUUUGAAAGAUGACGCGUCUGAUCAGCUGGCUCAGGUGCUCAAACGGCUGGGAAACAUCCGCAACGAGAUGGGAGUCUACUACAUGAACCAGUCGGCGACCAUGCAGACUGAGAAAGUGAAGACCUUUGUGUCGAUCGCAGAGCAGGAGCUGUGGAAAAAGAGUUUUGCCUUUUUUGAGAAAGGCAUGAAGGACUUUGAGGCCAUCGGGGACAGCACGAACAAGGCUUUGCUGCUGUGCAAUACAGGCAAGCUGAUGAGAAUCUGUGCUCAGGCUCACUCUGGCGUCCCUGCGGACGACAACAGAGGGGAGUUUUCCCCUGAAGAGGCUCUCUACUACCACAAGGCUAUAGACUACUAUCUGCGGGCCAUGAGGUCCCUGUCAUGCAGAGAGAACCACCAGGGCGUGUGGGACAGCGUCAACUGGGAACUGUCCACUACGUAUUUCACCCUGGCUACGCUUCUGCAGGACUACGCUCCGCUUUCCAGGAAGGCUCCGGAGCAGAUCGAGCGGGAGGUGACCGAGUCCAUGAUGAAGUCCUUGAAGUACUGCGACCUGCAGACCGAGUCGGCCCGCCAGCCACUGUACCAGUACAGAGCCGCCACCAUCCACCACCGCCUGGCCUCCAUGUACCACAGCUGUUUCCGCAACCAGGUAGGAGAUGAACGCUUAAGGAAGCACCAUCGCAGCCUGGCGGAGCUCCACUACAGCAAGGCCAUCUAUUUGUUCCUCAGCCUCAAAGACGCACCCUGCGAGCUGCUCCGCGCACUUCUGGAGAGGGUGGCCUUCGCCGAGUUCACUAUGGCGGCUCAGAACAGCAGCGCCGCGAAGCUGAAGAGCUUGACUGCAGCUCUUGACAUCAUGGCUGAGACUCGCUUUGCUUUUCAGAUGAUUCAUGCAGAAAUGCUGGAGGAGCAGAGCGAGGGAAGCCACGCAGAUAUUUCGCCGUCUUCUCCUGCUGCAGCCGACUGCUCGGCAUCAGGACUGAACCUCCAGGAAGUGACGAAGCUGAUCGUUCUGUUCGAGUCGCGUUUCUCCGACCUGCUUCUCCAGCUAAUAAAAGUCAUGGCUAAGACCAAACGGAAACCCAGCAAAAGCCACGAGGAGCUCCUGAAAACCUACAAGAACAUUUACUCCAAGCUGCUGCGCUGCGACAAAAACAUGCCUCUGCUCGCCCGAGUCCAGCUCUACGCUGAGCUCCUGCAGCUUCUGACGACGCAAACUGGACGAGACGACGACGCUGAUAUGGUGUCGUGACAUCAGUAAACACGCCGUGACGACUUGAAGAUGAACUGGUCACUUUGACACCAGCAGCAUUUGGAAGGCUACUCUUUUUAUAUUUUUGAUAUGCAGAGCUUACAUGGAUGCUGUAAACAUCAACCAAGCGUGUCUGCUUUUUUAAACAUUUCAACGCAACAGUGCAAUUGUCUAAAUGUGUUAUAUACAUUAUAAAUAAGGGCAUGCUUGCUGUGACAUGGAAAUUAAAAAACGUAUGCACCUUUUCAACGCUUCUCCAACCUCCUAAUUAUCGUCAUGAAUUAUUUUUGUUUACAUAUGAACGCCAUCUGUUAGCAGAGUGAUCAUAGAUUACAUUUCGUGCAGUGACUAUUUAGUCCAAUAGAGGGCAGUGUUGAGACAAUACUAGAGGAUAUGUCGGAGGGCUUUGUAUCACUAGUUCGUUCUGGAGACGCUUAACGCUGUACAUACACUUGCUCACUUUAACUUCAUCAGCAAGUACAAUCACUGCAUCCUUCGCAACACUUCCUACACUGUGUCUCACUUGAACCCCUCCCCCAUGCAACCUGUGUUAACGCGGAACAUGACUGCAAUCCUAUACCUGGCUUGUAUUAAUACUCUUUUGGAAAGGUGGCAGUGUGGGACACAAACAAGGUACGCUAAUUUUACGUGAUCUUUUAUGUAAAUAAACCACAUUUUAGGAUGUACAAACUGCUGUACAUGAAAGACAAGAAAGCAUCAAAACACCGGAGACACUGAAGGUACGAAGUGGAGGUAAACGAGAAAACAUAUUGAGGAAAAUGACACCAUACUUUCAUACAUACGCCUUAACAGCCUUAAUAAAUAAAAUAACUGAACUUAACUUUUACAACUUUUUUUCUGCUCACUUAAA